UCACUUUUUCAUGUUGAAUUCAUUGGCCGAUAUGUGCAUCUGUUUGGAGGCCACUUUUUCAACGAUAAACUCGAGGAUAAAAAAUUUUCCUAGAGAAGAAUAUCCAGCGGUGAUGUUAGAUCAUCUUAAAGCUAUACGAUUGGACUACACUCAUGGGGUCAGGUCAACUCAGGCAGCGGAAAAAUAUGCUAGAUAUUAUGUGACCUUUUUUUAUCUUCAAUUUGGUUUGUUCAAUAUCGUUAAUAUCGUCGAUGCUCAUGGAGAUGAUAAACUUGCUCGACUUUAUUGGAUUAUCUACCUGGUUUUAGAUUUCAGUUUGUUAAUCUACGUUACGGUGAGAGUUGUUUCGGUUAAUCAACUUUCUAGCCAAGGAUUAGAGGAUUUAUAUGAGUUAUCUUAUUUUAUGAGAAACCAACAUUUACAACAUGAGAACGACAUUUUCAUUAACCGAAUGCUUUGGAAAAAUGUUGGAUUUACCUUUGGAAAUUUAUUCAUAAUCAACACCAAUUUUAUCACUUCAAUGUUCACAUUGGCACUAACACUGGUUAUUACUCUCGCUAAUUUCCUCUAUUAAUGAGUUUAAAAUGAA